UUUUAACUUAACUCACGUUUGAUAAGGUAAGGUUAUAAAUGGUGUAAGAAAUUUUAAUAAAAAUAUAAGUAACUUACCACAAAGCCAUUCGAUCCUUAGGAUAAUUUAGAGCUUCAAAAUUAGAUAAAAAGUAAGGUAGGUCAAAAUGACCAAAGGUACAUCAAGUUUUGGUAAACGUCGUAAUAAGACUCAUACCCUCUGCAGAAGAUGUGGUAGGUCCUCAUAUCACAUACAGAAAUCGCAGUGUGCCCAAUGUGGGUACCCUUCAGCAAAACUACGUUCUUACAACUGGUCCAUCAAAGCCAAGAGGAGGAAGACAACUGGAACUGGCAGACUCCGUCAUCUUAAAAUUGUUCGCAGGCGUUUCCGUAAUGGAUUCCGUGAAGGUGGUAAACCAGUUAAGAAAUCAACGUAGCUUAUGAAAUUAUUUUGUAAUAAGAUAAAUUAAAAAGAAGUUUGAUUUUCA